AUGCUCAGACCCAGCACAUCUACUAACCAGAUCACCCAGCCGAUACUUACCACACCUAACCCCAAGUAUAUCUCUGUAGCCACCACAGCCAACCCCAACACCAAUCGUAAAAGAUCCAGAAACUUAUCUAAUAUUUCUUCACUUGCUACCACCUCGAAUAAAGCUACCAAGGCUGUAUUAGACAAUACCUCAACUUCUUUUAGAAUACAAGCAAAUUGA